AUGGCGAUCUUACGCGAGUUCGCUGUGGUCUUCAAAGGCCGUCAACAGAGGGACUCUGGAGGAAAUGUCGCGCAUUGGCCGUUGACAGCGCCGAAUUCUUUUGGUGCAAACCCCGUAUUAGAACGCAGGGUGACCAUUGCUCGCCGGAUGAUUUCGGUCAAUUCGCACAAAGUCCUGCUCAAGGACGCCCGCGUCAGCCUUGGCCUGUGGGUCUGGGUGCAGUUGUCCGAGGCCAUACCUACAUCGAUCAUGCAGCAAAACUCCAACGGAUUUGUCCUGCUAAAGCAAACAAACUCAAAGUUUCAAGUUCCGCUGGAGAUUCCACGGGCCAGGCUGGGCUUCGAGGCCGCAGAGAUCGUGUCCUCGUUGCUGGCUUCGCAAGCGACAUGUCGCACUGGGCAAGGAGGCCUGCCCUUCGUUGAAUCGAAUGUGCGUCAGAAAUCAAGCGUUGGUGUUCCAUUACGAUCAUGUUUGUGCUGUAUCGAAAGAUCUGUCGGUUUGGACGAUUCUUCAUACCCCCCAAAGCUCAUACCUGGACACCAUAGCCGACGCGACCCCGACGCCUACAAGUUGCCCGCUGUUGUGGCCGAGUCCGACAGGCGUAUUGGCAAAGCCAAGAUACAAGAGUUUGGGCAAGAUACUCGGUACUUGACGAUCCAUAUCAGCUACGCCGCCACGCUCCGAUGUUUUCCAAAUCAGACUGCCGGGCAAAGAGUGGUUGAGGACAAGGAGGUGUAUCUGUGGAAGAGAUUGGAGGGCAAAGAGACACACACGUUGGGUCACAAGAAGCGACUCUCGGUCGAAAAAGAGGAUUACAAGGAGAGGAAAGCGGGGGGAGGCGAGAGGGCUUUAUACCUCCAGACAUCCGGUCAACGCAACUCCCUGCGUUCCAAGUCAUGA